CACACACUCACACGCACAAAGCUCGCUCGCCUCGAGCGCACUAACGUGGCCGUUUUCUUUGUGUGGAGCCCUCGAGGGGGGUUGGGGCGCGGGUCCGGUCCGGGGGAGAUGGCGCAGCCCAUCCUGGGCCAUGGGAGCCUGCAGCCCGCCUCGGCCGCUGGCCUGGCGUCCUUGGAGCUCGACUCGUCGCUGGACCAGUACGUGCAGAUUCGCAUCUUCAAAAUCAUCGUGAUUGGGGACUCCAACGUGGGCAAGACCUGCCUGACCUUCCGCUUCUGCGGGGGGACCUUCCCGGACAAGACUGAGGCCACCAUUGGCGUGGACUUCAGGGAGAAGACCGUGGAAAUCGAGGGCGAGAAGAUCAAGGUUCAGGUGUGGGACACAGCAGGUCAGGAACGCUUCCGCAAAAGCAUGGUCGAGCAUUACUACCGCAAUGUGCAUGCAGUGGUCUUCGUCUAUGACGUCACCAAGAUGACAUCCUUCACCAACCUCAAGAUGUGGAUCCAAGAAUGCAAUGGGCAUGCCGUGCCCCCACUAGUCCCCAAAGUGCUUGUGGGCAACAAGUGUGACUUGAGGGAACAGAUCCAGGUGCCCUCCAACUUAGCCCUGAAAUUUGCCGAUGCCCACAACAUGCUCUUGUUUGAGACUUCAGCCAAGGACCCCAAAGAGAGCCAGAACGUGGAGUCAAUUUUCAUGUGCCUGGCUUGCCGAUUAAAGGCUCAGAAAUCCCUGCUCUAUCGUGAUGCUGAGAGGCAGCAGGGGAAGGUGCAGAAACUGGAGUUCCCACAGGAAGCUAACAGUAAAACUUCCUGUCCCUGUUGAAACCAAAUGGUGUAAAUACAAGAUCCAUUAUUACUGGAGUUUUUUCUUUCCCUUUUUUUUCCGUGCCUGCAUA